AAAUGAUCCAAUGCCAUUGGUUGGUGGCAUCCGAAUGGGAGAUACACCAACAAAGUGGAGGACAUUUGUUUCGCUCCUUGAGCAAAUGUUUGCGUUGCUGGUUCUCCAAUGGCCGAGGAAAAGGAGGCAUGGAUGCUGCGAAUUUGCCGCGCAAUGCCUCAAGAGUGUUUGGCCCUUUGCAGGCCAUGGCGCUGCGCUGCUCUCAGCUGCAUCACGGACCUGAAGCUCUCAGCCGGCACACCCUUAGAGGUGGCUCUUUCCGUGGUAGCUCAGAGGCCACACCUGCUAAGCCUGGAUGCCUCCAAGUGCAGUGCCUUCCAUGGGGAUGAUGCAUUGCAGCAGCUCUCAGCUGUUUUACGAGGUGUUGGCCAUCCAAAGCCUCGCCCUUGGCUGCGGCCAGGUGAGGGCUUGCAGCGGCUUUGCUUGCCACUUGAUGCAGGUUUGACCCGUGCCUCGUGCCGCUGCCUUCAACGUCUUGGCUUGGAACGCUGGGCCUUCCACAGUCCACCCACGAGGGGCGCUGUGCUCGUAAGUCGACCACUCUUCCCUGGAGUCGAGCAGCCUGAGCUCAUCAGGUCAGUGAUCCUCUUGCUGCAACAUGACCGCCGUGGUUCUGUGGGCAUUCUGCUCAACAAGCAGUGCAAGUUGGAACUGGACCUUGGUCGCAACACUUCAGCUCCUGUGUUUUUUGGAGGUUCCAUGGGACACCGCGUUGCGCUGUUGCAUGCAUCCGAAGAGCUGAAGGGAGAGGAGAUUGCCAAAGGUGUUUUUCUGACGUAUCAGGAGGACAUCAUGGCACGUGCCAAGGAUUUGGUCAGGUGGAAACAGAUGAGCGCUAACGAGCUUUGCUGGAUCUACGGUUACUGUCAAUGGCAUGAAGGCGAGCUUGACGCGGAGGUCCUUGCUGGCCACAUUUAUUCGGUUGCUUGGAAAGCGCUUGCCUUUUGUGAUUCGGCCUUCUUGCAACCACCUUUGUCGGACAACCUUUGGCAGCAUCUUGCAAGCCUGCUCCUGUGAGUUUCCGAAGACCGGAACUUUAGGCGACGGUUUGGUUUCAACGUUUUUAGUCUUUAUAGGAUUUUUUAUUAGGAUUCCACCACCCAACUCAUUGACACAUUGAUAAC